AUGAGCAAACAUCCAAUUUAGAAUUAUUAAAUCUUAAAGACUUUAGGCAAAGUAAUAAAUUUAUAUUUAUAUUAAAGGGUACAUUUGCUACUGUCUAUUAAGCUUAACAUAUAAAAACUAAAGAAAUAGUUGCUAUUAAAUAAAUUGAUCUCGACAUUAAAGAAGGAAUUUAUAAGUUAAAAUUGUAGAAAUUACUUGAAACUGAAAUAAACAUAAUGAAAUCUAUAAAACAUAAACAUAUUGUAGAAUUAAAAGACAUUUAAUAAAAUAAGGAUUCAAUAAAUAUGAUAUUAGAAUAUUGUUCUUAAGGAGAUUUAUAAAUGUUUAUCAAAACAAAUUAUCCAUCUAAAACAUUACCUGAAUCUGAAACCAAAUAAAUUGUACUUCAAUUACUUGAUGCCAUGAAAUACUUACGUUUAAAAAAUAUUGUCCAUCGUGAUCUCAAAUUAGCAAAUAUACUAAUAAAUGAAUAAAUUUAAUUUAAAUUAGCUGAUUUUGGUUAUGCUAAAUUUCUAAUAAAUGAUGAAUUGUUAUAAACAUAUUGUGGUACACCAACAACAAUGGCUCCAGAAAUAUUAAAGUAAUUAUAAUUUCUAUUAAAAAAAAAUUAGAAAUUCUAAUUCCUAUAAUCAUAAAUGUGAUAUAUGGUCAUUAGGAGUAAUAUUAUAUCGAAUUCUAUAUGGUCAUCCUCCAUUUGUGUCUUCGAAAGGAACAGCUCAAGACUUGCUCUUAACAAUUUAAAAUAAUAAUGUAUACUUUAUUUUUAUUACAAUAGCUUUAAUUUCCAUAAAAUAUCUUUGUAUCUGCAGAAUGUAAAGAUUUAUUAAAGAAAAUGUUAGUAGUAGAUCCAAAAAAUAGAAUUAAUUUUGAAGAUCUUUUUAAACAUCAAUGGUGUUAUUAAGAUAAUAUUGAUCAAGAGAAAUCUUUAUUGAAAGUUAUUCUUCCAUAACAUUAAGAUUUUCUAAAAAAUCUCAAUUAUUCUAUUAAUUAAUACUAAUAACAAUUAACUCAGAUUGCUCAAAGUAUUUCAUCUAUUGAAAAUAAAUAUUAAGAUCUAAAAUAAUUUUGUUAAAGAUUUAAGAAUGCUCUAGACAAAGCAUUUUCUACUUUUUAUCUAAAAAUCUAUUAUUCAAAUUAAAAUGUUGUAAUAAAAGUUCCUUAAAAUUAUAAAUAUUUUAAUUAUAAAUAAUAAUUACUUGUUUUUCUUAUUAAUAUCUAUGAAAAAGCAUUAUAAAAUAAUAUCAACAUUUAAGAAUUUGUUAACUUGAAUAUAUUUUAAUUUCAAAUUUGCAAUUAAUUAGAAGUUAGAUAUGAAGAUUAUUCAAUCACUCUUCUUGAUGAAAUUUAGAAUUUUAAAUAGAUGAAUGUAUAGAGUUGUUAGAUGUUGUAAGUUUUAGAUAAUUAAGAAAAUAAUAAUAAAAUUUUAAAUUCUGAUUUGUAGAUUUUAACAGAAUAUAUAAUAUAAAGAUAUAAAAAUUGA